UUGACAAACAAAAACACUGAAGAUUGAGACAAUACAAAAAUGCAACAUUCGGCCUAUUUGGGUAAAUAUAUAACUGAUCAAUUAUCCAAACCAACUGUUCUGAAAGGAACGCUGGAGAAAUGGCCAUCACGAAAAUGGACCCCUGAUCAUUUAGCGUCUAUUUUGAAGCAGAAAGUCAAAAUACGAAUCGGUCCAAUCUCGGCCCAAAGUUUAAAAUGCUCCGUGCUGUGGGAGACUGAGUGUACAUUCGAGGAGGCAACCUUGGAUCAAUUUUGCGAGUGGCUUGACAGUGACUCAUCAACAACUGGCCAUCUGAACUCAUCUGGAAAUCCACUCCUGAAAUACAACAGAGAAGAACACUGGUGUUAUGUGGACUACAAGGAGAUGGAAGUCCUGUUCAAAGAUCAUCCAGAUAUUCUGAAGGCAGUACAGUGGAAGGACUUUGGGUUCCCCAACAGGGAUGGCAGACAGAGUACAAUAUGGAUUGGCAGUGAACGAGCAUUUACACCUGGCCAUUACGAUACCUAUGGGUUCAACCUAGUGGCGCAAAUAUAUGGCAGGAAGAGAUGGCACCUGUUUCCACCGAGUCAGACGCAUCUCCUUUACCCAACAAGGAUUCCGUACGAAGAAUCAAGUGUCUUCAGCCCAAUCAACAUUGCCAACCCAUGUAUAGAGCAUUACCCGAGAUUAGUGGAGGCCACACCUUACACUGUCACCCUAGAGGCUGGAGAUGUACUGUUCGUGCCCAAACACUGGUGGCACUUUGUGGAGUCCCUGGAAGUGUCGAUCAGUAUUAACACAUGGGUCGAAGUGGAAAGUGACAAAGUCAGCAGGGUUCAUGAAGCAGUGACUAGAGCUAUUGUUUCAGGAUUAAUGUCUAGUGCCAGUAACCAGAAAGACUGGGUCAAUCCCACAGAGGCCAUUUGUGAAGACGAGGUGAACUAUCGAUACAUCGGGGCUGCACUGCAGGACUGCUUAACCAAACAACCUUCACAGCUAUCAACACAAGUACCUGUAGUCGACUUGUUACAAUCCACCAGUAAAACAGACAAAACAAGAAUCAGCAACGACGAUACGCCUCACAGAUCACAUCUUAGCCAAAUAGAGGUUGCAAGCUCGGAAAGAGUUGUUAAGAAAAUGAGAGUGGAAGAGAUGCAAGGGGAAAGAAAGUCAUCAACUGUUGAUAUGGACUCAGAAGAGACCGCAAAUAAUGAGAGCCAAAGGUGUGAGGGCGAAUCCCUUCAAGUUAGUAUUGGAUCUCCACAGGCUGGACCUAAAGUGAAAGAGGAAGGAAGUACUACCAGUAGAGACAAGACAGCACUUAUGACAGAAAGUGUCGAGGAUGACUCAAGUUUCACAGAAUUUAUACAUGAUUCACAUGAAGAAGACAAUGUAUCAACGUCUCAGAAGACAUUCAAAAGACGUCUUGGUGAUGACACAGACUCUAAUUCUCAAUCACAACCUCAUCAUGGUGAACCAGUUAAUUUAAUAUCGAACUUCAUUGUGCCAGUUAAAUGUCAAGGAGCGAUUUACAAAACCGAUCACCAUCCGACCACUUUGGGUAGUUGUGAAAGGUCUCUACAAGGGGGAUCAAAUAUGCCAAAAGGGUCAGAGGUUAAACAAACUCUACCCGUCGCCGAUAUAAGACAGUUGCUCGUUGAGUGUGUUACUCACCCAUCGGUUAUUGAUUUGACUUCAAAGCUACUGAGGGACAAGUUUUACCAAAAACGGACAAGCAAUAGAACAAACCACAGCAUUUAGUUACCAUGUGGUUGAUCGUUAAGAAAACUGAACCCAAAACAAAUGGAUUCCAGCUAUAAAUAAAUGUUUUAAUAAAAGAUUUACUCCACAUUAUAUUAUUAAAAGAGC